AUUGCAUACAGCUGGGUUUUUUGUAUAAAAUUUAGUCUCAAGGUGCAGGGCUGAUCAGAAGUUUGAACUACACUCUAUCAUUUUUACGAUGAAGCAAAUAUUAUUUUCUUGCGCCUUUGUCCUCAUCUGCGUGUCAAGCGUGCUAGCUAUUAAUGGAGACUUAGCAGGCCAAGGAGAAUAUCCAUACGUGGGAUCUGUUCGCUGGCCAAAAUUUCCAACAGGAACAAAUAAUUACUGCACAGCGAUAGUUUUGAAUAAUAAUUGGGCUCUUGCACCGGAAAACUGCGCAAGAUACUCAGGGACAACUGAUCAAAUUCAGCUUGGCUCUGUAAUCUUGCCUUAUUAUACUCACUAUGUCGCGACAAGAAUAGCUCACCCUGACUACAACUAUCCUCUGUACAACGCCAUUUUGCUUCAAAUGACUGCGCCUUUUGAUCUUUCUGACCCCGUAAAAGUUGCUCCAGCAAUCUUGCCCGAAGCCACUUCCACAGUCCCUGUGGGCACUCAAGGUUAUAUAGCUGCCUACGGCGCCGACCCAAAUGAUCAACAGGACAAUCAUAUGCGUAAGGUACAGGUGACAGUGGUGGACAACAGCGAGUGCGGUUACAGCGGCGAGAGUUUAUUGCUUUGUGCCAAGGCUGCUGUUGGAGGAGCGUGCAGUUGGGAUUUGGGCGCUCCUUUGACAGUAAACGGCGUCGUCGUUGGCUUCUCGACUUCCGAAGGAUGCCAAGGGACUCCGUUCUUAUUGGUCGCGACUGCUCCACUAGUUGACUGGAUUAAUUCAAACGUGAAUUAACCACAUUUCUAUGCAUUGAAAAAGUAAUAAUAUUAUAAAUAAAAAUCAAAUAAAGAAAUAUCAAAGGAUUAUACUUUA